AUGAUGUUCUCUGGGAAAAAACGUAGUACGAAUUCAACGACAAGCAGUAGUUCAAGAAAAUAUGAUCGUAAUCGUGCUAGAUAUUAUGAGAAUAAACCCCGAGGGACAUCAUCUGCUCGACAGCAUCGAAACGCACAAUCUCAUAGACGAGAUUUACAUGAAGAUGACACAAAUUUAUCGCCAGCGACAUCCACAACUGCAUUACUUAAAUCCUCAUCAAAAUCAUCCAGUAUAGAAGUGGAUCGUAAUUGUAGUUCCGAUGAAUUUUUAUCACGAGGUCGAAAAAUUACUCGACGUCGAGGUGCUAUUAAGCACUAUAGAAUACAUGAAGUUAAAGGCCAUAAAUUUGUAGCGAAAUUUUUUCGACAACCAACAUUUUGUGCCUUUUGUAAGGAGUUCUUGUGGGGUUUUGGUAAACAGGGUUAUCAAUGUCAAGCAUGUCAAACAGCCGUCCAUAAAAAAUGUCAUGAGAAAUUAUUGGGUAAAUGUCCAGAAUCUGGAAUUAAUUCGGAAAGUACAAUUUAUUUGCGUGAACGAUUUAAAAUCGAUAUGCCACAUCGAUUUAAAAUGCAUUCGUUUAUGUCUCCAACAUUCUGUGAUCAUUGUGGUUCUUUAUUGUAUGGUCUAUUUCGACAAGGUUUAAAAUGUGAAGGUAAAUUUUUUAAUUUUACUUAA